CUGCAUAAGUGAUCCGGUGUCAGAGGAGCACGGGACUGUAGAGAGGGACCAUGGCUUCCCUCAGCCCUUUCGGACGGUCCAGCAAGGACAUUAUGAAUGUGAUGCAGAGGCUGCAAGAUGAACAGGAGGCGGUGCAGAAAAGAACUUUCACAAAGUGGAUUAAUUCACACUUGGCCAAGCACAAACCUCCUUUUGAAGUCAACGACCUCUUUGAGGACAUCAAGGAUGGGGUGAAACUGCUGGCUCUGUUAGAGGUGCUGUCUGGACAGAGAUUACCAUGCGAACAGGGCCGCCAACUCAAAAGGAUCCACUGGGUGUCCAACAUCGGCACAGCUCUUAAGUUCCUGGAGGGAAGGAAGUCUGUGUACCGAGGUUCUCCGAUCAAACUAGUCAAUAUCAAUGCCACUGACAUUGCUGAUGGACGCCCGUCCAUCGUAUUGGGGCUGAUAUGGACCAUUAUCCUCUAUUUCCAGAUUGAGGAGUUGACCAGUAAUCUUGCAGCCCUUCAGGCUUUAUCCAGCAGUGCGUCUUCAGUGGACAGCAUGGCCAGCUCGGAAACAGGAAGCCCACCUAUGAAACGCAAAGGGAUGACAAAGUUUCAGGGCAAUGCCAAAAAAGCCAUGCUCAGAUGGGUCCAAAGCACAGCAACCAAGCGUCUUGGGAUUGAAGUUAAAGACUUUGGUCCUAGUUGGCGCAGCGGUUUGGCCUUCCAUUCUGUUAUUCAUGCCAUUCGGCCAGAACUUGUGGACAUGGACAUAGUGAGAAAAAGAAGUAAUCGCGAGAACCUUGAGGAGGCUUUCAGCGUGGCAGAGAACGAACUGGGAAUACCACGUUUACUAGAUCCUGAAGAUGUGGAUGUGGACAAGCCUGAUGAGAAGUCCAUAAUGACAUACGUAGCUCAGUUCCUGAAGCACUAUCCAGAUCCCCACCAGUCUGAGACAGAUGGACAGCAAGAGGAGGUACGCUCUACUGAGGAGGUAGAAGGGGUGAAUACGUUUCUGAGCGAUGCCACAGCGCAGUGGAAGAACCUGUCAGUGGAGGUGAGGAGCGUCCGCAGCAUGCUGGAGGAAGUGAUCUGCAACUGGGAGAAAUACAGCAGCACAGUGGCCAGCCUGCAGGCCUGGCUGGAGGACGCUGAGAAGAUGCUCAACCAGUCAGAGAGCGACAAACGGGAGUUUUUCCGGAAUCUUCCACACUGGAUUCAGCAGCACAUGGACAUGAAUGACGCUGGAAACUUCCUGAUUGAGACGUGCGACGAGACCGUGUCUCGAGAACUGAAACAGCAGUUGCUUCUUCUCAACGGCAGAUGGAGAGAGCUGUUUGUCAAAGUCAAACAUUAUGCAAGAGCAGAUGAAGUGGACAAACUGAGAAAAGAUUAUGACGAUGGGAUCGAAGCUUUAAAGGCAUUUAUUGACACGGCCAACGAGAGGAUGAACACUCCAGUUCAAGUUUCAUUUCUGAACAUACGGACAUAUCUACAAGACGUUGAGGACAUCAAGCACAAAGUGCCAUCCAUGGAGGCGGCGUGCAAGACGGCCACACGUAAUGCGCAGCAGCUGACCAAAGACCUCACUGAGGAGGAGAUCGCACAGAUGCUGGCUACCAUGGCAGCCAUCAAGGAUGAGCUCAGCAAGAUAAGAGAAAGAGCUCUGCCCCUGCUGAGGGACUCCCAGGCCAUGCUGCCUCCUUUAGAGGAGUUCAAGCUGUUUAUUCAGGAGUCCAAAUAUUUUAGGGAGCUGGUGACCUAUCAGCAGAGCUGUAAAAAGUGUCUGUCAGUGAUUGAUAAAAACCAUCAGAUCAUUCUGAAAUCACUGGACACCAGCAAGAACCUAAAACACCUGGACACGUCACUGCUAGAGAGGAGAAUCUCAGAGCUUCAGGCCUCUUCACAGGGCAUGGUAAAAGAAACCACAGAAUGGAAGAGGCAUGUGGAGGCGAACAGCAGCCUGAUGAAGAGAUUUGAGGAGUCUCGUGUGGAGCUGGAGAAGGUUCUGAAAAUAGCUUGCAGCUCCAUGACUGAGAGAGGAAACCCAGAGGACCUUCUGAAAAAGCACACUGAGUUCUUUGGGCAGCUGGAUCAGAGAGUUCUCAAUGCUUUUCUGAAAGCCUGUGAUGAACUCACAGAUAUACUACCAGAGCAAGAACAGCAGAAUCUGCAGGAAACAGUCAAGAAACUGCACAAACAGUGGAAGGAUGUCCAAACAGAGGUUCCUUCUCACCUGCUGCAUCUGAAGGUGGAGCUGGAGAAGAGUCGUCUGAUGGCAUCAGUGCAGGAGUGUCAGGCUGAAGUGGCCCGUGAGAACCGCAGUAUGCCCAGCAUGGGCAGCGAGAGGUUAAUCAAAGAGCACCGGAUGUUUUUUAAGGAAAAGGGUCCAGAGGCUCUUUGUGAGAAGCGCUUACAGCAUAUGGAGGAGCUGUGCUCGAAGCUUCCGGAGAGCGAACAAGCCCGGCAAACUUUAGAGAACGCCAGGACAGCGUUUGCAGAGGUCAAAGAGGAUAUUGACAGCACACAUCAGAAACUAAUGCAGCACCCGGACAAAUGGAAGGAGUUUAAUACCAGGUUCUCUGAACUCUCCGCCUGGGUUACAUCGAAGGAAAGUCAACUCAGACUUCUGCGAAACAGAGCUGGAGACCCCAGCAAGUUUGGACAGGUCAAAUCCACUAUAGAGAGUCUGAGAAACGAUGCUGAACUGCAGGAGGGGAACGUGAGCUGGUUGAAGACACGUUUGGCUGCUCUGAUAGAGGUUUGCACAGAGAGUGAUGCUCAGAGACAGGGAGCUGCUCUCAGCAAACUCUCCAGUGACUUUAAGGGUCUCCUCACAUCCCUUUCUGAGUCAGAGAAGGUCGUGCUGGCGGUGAGCGACUGUGUGCAGUUCAGAGAGGAGGUGAAAACUACACUGGAGGAGUUGACACAGGGUCAGCAGGAGCUGCAGUCAGUGACCAGCAAGAUUCUGAACUCUGAGUCCGUCAGAGAAGCCCAACAACUGCUGCUGCUUCAUCAGCAACAACUCAAGCGUCUCCGGCUCAAGAGGAAGGAAAUGCAAGAGCAGAUAAACCGUGGGAAGCAGCUGCAGGUAGAGGAGGGUCUGGAGGAGAGCUUACAGGAAGACCUGCAGAAACUAGAGGCUACCUUGAGUGAAAUGGAUCAAAGCACAGAGUCACAGGAAAAGAACCUGGAGGUGACUUUAGCUGCUUGGCAGGAGUUUGAGGGUCAGCAGGCAGCAGUGAGGGAGUUUGUGGGUAAAGUGCGAUCGGUCACAGAGAGAGAGAUGAACUUCAGCAGUCCAGACAGUCUCAGCACAGAGCUGGAGCAGGCCAAGGAGCUCCUGAAACAGUGUGAAACAGAGGCCAGACAGGUGAACACUCUUCUCAAGAGGGCCACAGAGAUCCAGUUGGGCCCCAAAAAUCACUCUCUCCUCCGGGAUCAAGCACGUGCUCUGAGUGAACAAGUGGACAAAGUUGAGACUGGACUCAAGCGAGAUGUGAAGACUUUGGAGGGGAUGAAAGAUCAGUGGGAUACUUUCGGGAGUGAGUUUGAAGCAUUUUCCACAUGGAUAACGGAGAGGGAAAGAGAAAUGGAUGCCUUGAAAACCUCCAGCACACCUUUGGACCAGCAGAUCUGUACCGUAAAGACAAUCAGAGAAGGUCUGCAGGAGAGGUCACAGGUCCUGUCCAACUUGGAGGAGAAAUCUCAAGCGCUGGUCCAGUUUGUGUCGUCUGGCGAAUCUGCACGAAUCAAAGCCCGUCUCACACAGAUUGGCAGAUACUGGGAGGAGCUUAAGGAGAGUGUGGAACAUCUGAAUGGACAGUUGGAAGAAAGCUCCUCCCACCAGACGAAGUUCAAUGCCAACCUUCAACAGGUACAAUCAGAGGUUGAAGAUAUCCAGAAGAAACUUGACAGCCCUGUCACCUCCUGCGUGUCUUCAUCCGAGACCUACAAAACUCUACAGAGUCACAUGGAUAUGUUCCAGUCCCUGGAAAAGCUGAAGGCCACCCUGCUGUCCCUGUCUGCUGGCGCCCGCAGGCUCAGUGAUAGAGAGAAGGCCGAGAGAGCCGUAGCGGCCCUGCAGCAAAGUUACGAGCAGGGUUUAAAACAGGCCAAGGAAAAACAGAACCAAAUGGAGAGCCUUCUGUCACACUGGCAAAAGUAUGAAAAGGAUUGGUCUGCCCUGCAGUCAUGCCUGGAGAGAUGUGAAUCCAUAUCCAGCCCUGACUCUCAGUUCCUCCCGGUUGACAAACUAAAGCUGGAUGGAGAACUGCUGGAACUGAAACACCUACAGAGUGAACUUCAGUCUCUGGAGUCAGUUUACAACAGGCUGGUGGCCCAAACACCAACUCUUUACACCACUGCAUCAGAUGAACGUGUGAAAACACUCAAAGAAGACCAUGAACAGCUUGAGAAAAGAUGGAAGUGUCAGACCACAGCUAUACCUCAAAGAAUCCAAGUGCUUCAGGAGCACCUUUCUCAGGUGGAGCAGUUUGAUCAAGCCCUGCAGAACUUCUUCAAAUGGGGAGAGUCUUUCCUCUCAACUCUACAUUCGUUUUCUCACGUUGAUAUCACUGAUCUUCAACCUUCCACCAGUGAUAUCAAGGAGAGGAGAGAUGAUCUGCUGAAGCAAAGUGUUCUAAGACAGAGUCUUCAGCAGCAAACUAAGACCUUGUGUGAUGUUUGUGAGCAAGCUGAGGUUCAACAGCUUCAGGGAAAGUGGGAGAGCUCCUUGCAGCCAUACAUGGAGGCACAUCAGCUGGUUGAACUACGAGGCGAGAGUCUGGAGAAGCUAGAGGCCUUCUUACACACCCAUAGUGUGGCGGCCGGCGUCCUUCAGGGCCUCAGACAGACCGUGGAGAGCGCUGGGAGUUGGGAUAAAAGCCGGGUGGACGAGCUGCAGAAAGACCUCAAAGCUAUCGUUCCUGAUAUUAGUCGCCUUGAAACGCUCGCUGUGAAUCUGGACGGCAGCCUCUGUAAGGCUCAUCUCCACUUGAUGAAUGGAAAGGACACUCGAUCCUCGUGCCGCUCAUUGGCCGACUCCUUGAGCGUGGAGCUGGAUGCUGUGAGGAACCUACUGGGCUCCAAACAAAGCGAAGCUGAGGCUCUCGGUGCUCUUUGGAGCUCGUUCAGACAGCGUAAAGAGCAGCUGCUCAAAACGGUAGAGGAUAUUGAGGAGAAGGCAGAUAAACAGGGCCUGAAAGAGCCCAACGUGCUUACUCUACAGCAGAGGCUUCGGUUCUUCAAUCAGCUGGAAGAUGAGCUGCAGUCACACCAGCACGAGGAGCAGUGGCUCAGGGACAAAGGUCAACAGUUGGCUCAGAGAGACGCUGAGCUGGGUGGUGAAGUACUAAGGGAAAUUAACCUCCUUCAGACCACCUGGGAAGACACCAAGAAACUCAUUACUGAAAGGCAAGAGCAGAGCAGCGCUUUGGUAGAGCUCAUGAAGGACUACCAGAGCUUAAAGUCUUCAAUAAACACAAUAUUGGAGAGUGCUGAUGCUAUAGCCGACAUUAAAGCUGUCCUAAAAGACCAAGAGGACACGCGAAGAUCCCUGUUGAAGCAUGAAGCUGUUAAAGCAGAGCUGGCCAGUAACCAGAAUGUACUAGAGCGAUUUUCAAGUAAAGGAAAGAAGCUUUUAAGUGAAUUAAACAAGAUCCCUGAUUGCGAUACCCAGAUUGUGAAGACAGAAAUAGAUGCCACAGUGGACCAAUGGCUAGAUAAACUAAGAGCCGUUGUUCUGGACGAGCUGCAGAAAGACCUCGAAGCUGUUGUUCCUGAUAUCAGUCGCCUUGAAACGCUCGCUGUGAAUCUGGAUAGCAGCCUCUGUAAGGCUCAUCUCCACUUGAUGAAUGGAAAGGACACUCGAUCCUCGUGCCGCUCAUUGGCCGACUCCUUGAGCGUGGAGCUGGAUGCUGUGAGGAACCUACUGGGCUCCAAACAAAGCGAAGCUGAGGCUCUCGGUGCUCUUUGGAGCUCGUUCAGACAGCGUAAAGAGCAGCUGCUCAAAACGGUAGAGGAUAUUGAGGAGAAGGCAGAUAAACAGGGCCUGAAAGAGCCCAGUGUGCUUACUCUACAGCAGAGGCUUCGGCUCUUUAAUCAACUGGAAGAUGAGCUCCAGUCCCACCAGCAUGAGGAGCAGUGGCUCAGGGACAAAGGUCAACAGUUGGCUCAGAGAGACGCUGAGCUGGGUGGUGAAGUACUAAGGGAAAUUAACCUCCUUCAGACCACCUGGGAAGACACCAAGAAACUCAUUACUGAAAGGCAAGAGCAGAGCAGCGCUUUGGUAGAGCUCAUGAAGGACUACCAGAGCUUAAAGUCUUCAAUAAACACAAUAUUGGAGAGUGCUGAUGCUAUAGCCGACAUUAAAGCUGUCCUAAAAGACCAAGAGGACACGCGAAGAUCCCUGUUGAAGCAUGAAGCUGUUAAAGCAGAGCUGGCCAGUAACCAGAAUGUACUAGAGCGAUUUUCAAGUAAAGGAAAGAAGCUUUUAAGUGAAUUAAACAAGAUCCCUGAUUGCGACACCCAGAAGACAGAAAUAGAUGCCACAGUGGACCAGUGGCUAGAUGUUUCAGAAAAAAUCGAGGACAAUCUCGAAAGUCUCAAGAGGAGCUCUGCUCUGUGGGUGGAAAUCUACGAUAUCAGUGGAGAAAUCGAAAGCUGGUCCAACAGCUCGGUUAUGGAUCUGACAGAUGGACUCAAUAACUUCAAUGAUAGCCAGAAAACCGCAAACAAACUCUCUGAAGUCAAGGUGGAUGUUGGCCUGAAAGAAAAGAAGAUUGAUGCUUUACAAGAGAAAGUUUCAGAGCUGAAACAACUCUGCGGUGGCCAAGAUGCUCCUGCUAAACUGCAGGUCAUGGAGACGGACCUCAGAAGGAAAAUUAGUAGCAUUGAAGAGUUAUGUGACCAAGCCAAGAGCAACCUCCAAGAUUUCUGCUCUCAGAAGAAGCAGCUGGAAGGUUUUCUCAGCCAGAUGUCCGAGUGGUUGAAGAACGUUGAGAGAUCUUUGGUGGAUUCACCAUGUGGAACAGCUCCUGAAGAAAUCUGCAGAGUGAAGGAAAUCCAAAAGGAGCUUCAGAACCAGCAGACGGGCAUUGACUCAGCCCGGGAAAGCCUGAACACGCUUUGCAGAAAAUACCCAUCCGAGGAACUUGCCGGUCUAGGUUCCUCUCUGACCGACCUCAUCAAGAAAUAUGAAACGGUCAAUCAGCUCUGUGUUAAGAAGCUUGGCUCCAUGCAGCAUGGCCUCCAGCAGCACUUCAAUGAUCUUGUGAAGGAGUUUCAUACAUGGCUCUCUGGACAGAAAGACAUUGUAAGAGAAUGUGCCGAUCAUUCUGGUGACAUGAGCGUGGUGGGACGCAAACUGCAGAAAUUGAAGGGAGCUCUGGAGCGGGUGGAUGAUGGAGACAGCCGUCUAACGCUGGUGUGUACAGAGGGUGAGAAGCUUCUUCUGCACCUCCCCAAAGCCAGCGCUGGCCAAGUCCAGCAGAACCUCUCCUCCAUCCAGCAGGACUGGGACAGUUACGUGGAGCAGUGUAAACAGAACCAGCAGAACCUGGAAGAGAGCGCCAGUCUGCUCAGCGGCUUUGAGACCCGUCUGCAGAGGUUGACCCGGUGGCUGGAACGCAUGGAUGUGAGGAUGAGCACCGAGCUGCCUGAGGGGAGACACGGCGAUCAGGAGAGAGUGACGCUGGAGCGCGUGGAAGAAUUCCAACAUGAAGUGCUUAAAGAGAGGGACUCGUUUGAGAGUCUGUGCCAAGAAGCUCAGUCUCUGAGUGAGGGGGGUCAUGGCAGUGGGGCGGAGCUUCGAGUGUCUGCGCAGCUGCAGCUGCAGCAUCAGGCGCUUCUCAAGGCGGCGAGGGAGAGACUGCGCAUAUGUCAGCUCAGCCUGCAGGAGCAGCAGAACUUUGAGGAGACGCUGCAGAGCACCUGGGGAUGGCUCAGUGGUGUACAGGAGCGCCUCAAUUCACUCAACAGCACCAGCGGCAAUAAAGAGACUCUGGAGAAGAGACUGGGGCUGGUUCAGGACAUCUUGCUGAUGAAGGGUGAAGGGGAGGUGAAGCUCAACAUGACCGUAGGGAAGGGAGAACAGGUGCUGAAGAACUGCAGUAGGGAUAAACAAGAAAUGAUCCGCUCUCAGCUCAAGAGUCUGAAGGAUUCCUGGGCCAAUAUCCUCAUGACCGCUAUGAGCUGCCACAGUCGUCUGGAGUGGACCGUGGCUCAGUGGGGCAGUUUCCUGGAGAGUAAAGCUCAGCUGCAGCAGUGGAUGGAGAUGGUGGAGCAGGAGGCAGGGGUGGCUCUGCCGCAGCAGCCCGGGCUGAAAGAGAAAGCUUCGCUACUGGAGCGCCUGCGGGCCAUUCAGGCCGAUGUGGAGGUCCAUUUGUCAGCACUGACACAUCUGAAUGAGAAAGCUACAGAGCUGUAUGAGAAGACAGGAGACCAGGCAUUCGCAGAGGGACCGAAAUCUGAGUUCAACACCCAGUUUACCAACAUCACAGCUGUCAUUAAGAAUAAGGUGCAACAGAUGGAGGAGAUUGUCAAAGAGCAUGAGCAGUAUAUGGUGUCGGUGCGUGACCUGAACGACUGGCUCACAUCAGCUAAAGAAGAGCUUCAGCGCUGGUCAGACAUGUCUGGAGAUGCUGCUUCUGUUCAGAGGAAACUCUCUAAAGUCAGGGGGCUGUUAGACUCCAGGAAACAAGGCCAUGAGCGCUUGACCCGUGUGCAGAGCUACGGUGCCGCCACACGCGACCACACGUCCACGGUGGGCUGUGAGGUUCUGGAGAGAGAGGAGGCCGGGCUGCUCUCGGCCUGGGAACAGUGGGAGCGCAGUGCUAAACACAUGUGCUCUGGUCUGGAGGGCGUUCUGUCUCAGAUGGCCAGCUCGGAGCAGGAGUACAACAGCUUAGCUGCGCAGCUGGAGCAGGACCUGCAGGAGUUCAGCAGCAAGCUGCAGGAGUGGCGCAUCAAACUGGAGCAGGUAGAAGAAAUGAGCUCCAGUGAAGAGGCUGUGCAGGGAUGGCAGACAGCAAAGGACGCCUUGGAAGCACUGCUAAACAUUGAGCCCAUGUCGGACAAUUUGAAGUGUCAGCUGAAUGACUUGUGCCGGUUCUCCAGAGAUCUGGGUGCUCAGUCUGAGAGAGUAUCUGCCCUCAUUAAAGAAUACAACAGCCUCAGUCUCCAGGCGUCUCGAGAGUGUCAGGGAAAGGAGAAGCUCCUGGAGCAGCGCUUCCGUGCCGCUUUUCGAGACUUUCAGCAGUGGCUGGUCAAUGCGAAAAUCAAUACGGCCAAGUGUUUCGAUGUGCCUCAGAACCUGGCUGAAGCAUCAUCCAGCCUGCAGAAAAUUCAGGAGUUUCUGAGUGACCGUGAGCAAGGCCACGGCAAACUGAACACAGUGUCAGCCAGCGGAGAGCUACUGAUGAGCAUCGCUGCCAAAGAAAGAGUGGAGUCAGUCAGAGCCAAAAUCAACUCGGCCAGAGAAGACUGGAAAACACUCAUGAAGAACCUGCACCAGAGAGAAACCGCCUUACAGAAUCUCCAGGCUCAGAUGCGGGACUUUGAAAUGAGCGUGGAGCCGCUCCAGGACUGGCUGAAUGAAACCGAGGAGGCCGUUCAAGAGAGCAGCAGUCGGCUGCAUGACCUCACAGCCAAGAAGCAGGAGCUGCACAGGUUACAGUCUCUGCUAGAGGAAUUAGCCUCUAAGGAGUCUCAGCUGCACAGGUUGAGGGUGAAGGCCCAGCAGCUGUGGGACGGACACACGGCCGGAAAGGGCUUUGUGCACCGUGUCUCGCAGCUCUCAGCUCAGUACCUAGCUUUAAGCAACCUGACCAAGGAAAAAGCCUCUAGAAUCGAGCGCAUCGUGUCCGAGCACCAGCUGUUCUCGCAGGGCCUGAAAGAGCUGCAGAACUGGGUGGCUGAUACCAGUCACAUGCUGCAAACCUACUGCACUCCCACCGCAGACAAGAACGUGCUGGACAGCAGGAUGAUCAAACUCGAGGCUUUGUUGACGGCACGCCAAGAGAAGGAGAUACAGCUGAAAAUGCUGCUGACGAGAGGAGAGUCAGCCCAGAGAAACACCUCCGCUGAGGGUGUACUGCUGGUCCGCCAACAAAUCGAAGACCUCAAAGACUCAUGGGAUGAACUGUUGUCGGCUUCUAUUCAAUGCAAGAGCCAGCUGGAGGGCGCUCUGUCACAGUGGACAAGUUACCAGGAGGACGUGCGUCAGUUUGUGAGCUGGAUGGAGACUGUGGAAGAGACUUUAAACUCUGCAGACAAACAGUGCUCUGAGAUGAGAGACAAAACCGCCAACCUGGGCAAAGCCAAAUUGCUCCUAGAGGAUGUUUUAAGUCACAGCAGCAUCUUGGAUGUCAUAUCCAUGAAGGGAUCCAACAUGGCCGAGCACUAUGUCACCCAGCUAGAGAUUCAGGACUUGCAAGAGCGUUACAAUAUUGUCAAAGAUAAAGCCCAGUGUGCAGUUGCCAAAGCGGAGGAGCUGGCGUCAGCCCAUCAGGAAUACCAGCGCGCCCUGCAUGAGUUUAAAGACUGGCUGGAGCAGCAGCAGGAGAGACUGAGCUGCUACACACAGCUGGAGGGAGACGUCGAGACUCUAGAGGACACGCUACGCAAACUACAGGAGCUUCAGGUGCAUUGCACAGAGGGUCAAGCCCUGCUCAACACACUGCUGGUGACCCGAGAGCAGGUGAUUCCAUGGGGCGUCCCGCAGUUAGAGGACCGAUGUCUGGAGAUGGUCCAGCAGGAGUGGGGCUCGUAUCAGACCCGGCUGGGUGACACCAGAUCUCAACUCAACAGCGCUCUGGCCAAACUCCGGCAGAUAGAACAGAAGUUCCAGCGGUUGGAUAACUGGCUCAAAGAGAUGGAAACUAAAGGACAAUUACGCUCCGGCCGCCGCUCUGACAGAGCAACAAAAGAGGCCCAGCUACAGCUCCUGACGGGUUGGCAUGAGGAGGUGCUGGCUUAUCAGGAGGAGAUAGAGGGUCUCAGUGUCCUGGCCCAACAAGUUUUAGAAGAGACGCCCAUCAGCAGCAGAGUCAGCACUAGAGCUACACAACUCACGUCACGCUAUCAUGCCCUGCUGCUACACUUGCUGGACACCAUUAAGCAACUGAAGGAGGAAGUUUCCUGCAUUGAAGAAUCCCAGAGUGUCUUCGGCACCUUCUCUGAUUGGUUGAGCACAGCACAAAAGAACUUCAGCGGUGUGACCACCACCACCAUUGAUGUGGUUGAUCGUGUUGCCAUGGAGAAGAAGAUGAAAAAACUAGAGGCUCUGCAAGGUGACAUGGAGCUGGGUCACACCUUCCUGAAGACCAUGCGUGAAAAGACGGAUCGUGCCAUGACUUUCCUGGAGGAACCUGAGGCAGAGCAGCUCAAGGAAGAAGUCGACACCCGACUCUCCCAGCUGGAGGUGUUGAUCAGAGCUCUGCGGUCAGAGCUCAGUGCCACAGAGAAAUCCAUACAGCUCUCCAAAGACUUCCUGGACAAAUACAAGACUCAAACACAAUGGCUUACAGAGACCAAAUCACUGCUGGCGACUCCAGUGGAGCCAAAAGCUGAACUUUACCAAAAGAAGGCUCAGCUAGCCAAAUACAAGACAAUCCAGCAGACCAUCCAGUCCCAUGAGUCAGCAGUCAAAUCAGUUAUAGAGAAGGGAGAUGCACUUCUUGAAACAAUCCGUGACCCGUCUAUCAGCGAGAACAUCAGCAAGCUGAAAGCUGACUAUCAAGAAUUAUGCAAUGAUGCCAAGGUCCACGUUCAGAGUUUGACGGAGAGCGUGAGAGAACAUGAAGACUAUAACAGUGAACUCCAAGAAGUAGAGAAAUGGCUGUUACAGAUGUCUAGCAGGCUGGUCACCUCUGAUUCCAUGCUAAGUGGUAAUCUAGAGACAGCCACACAACAACUAGCCAGACACAAGGCAAUAAUGGAGGAGAUAGCUGGUUUUGAGGAGCGUUUGACCAGCCUGAAGGACAAAGGCGAGCAUCUCGCAAGUAGCUGCACACAGCAAGUACAGGCAAAGAUCAGUCAGCAGAUCCAGGCACACCAGCAGGGAACCAGAGACAGUUAUUCGGCUAUUUGCAGCACAGCUCAGCGUGUGUAUCAGAGUCUGGACCGUGAGCUCCAGAAGCACGUCAGCCAUCAGGACACACUGCAGCAGUGUCAGACGUGGCUGUCCACCGUUAAAGAGGAGAUCCAACUGCAAGCGCAGACUCCCUAUGGCCUCCAAGAGGCUCUGAAACAGGUGAAGCACUUUAGGGCUCUACAGGAGCAGGCCAGCACAUAUCUGGACCUGGUUUGUUCAGUGUGUGAUUUAUCUGAUGAGUCUGUGAGAGCCACAGCUGCCAAAAUACAGGAAACCAAAACGAUGAUUGAGGAGAGGAUGACCAUUUCUCAAGAGCUGUCGGAUAGCUGGAGGGAGAUUAAAGAGCAAAAACAGGAACUCUCAACACUUUUCCAAGAUAUGGAACAGCAAUUGCAAAGUCUAUCCAGGAGACCAGCUGAGUUGGAGCCCAAGAUUGCUCAAAACAUGCUUGAUCAAGCCAAAGAAUUUGGCCAGCAGCUUCAAAACAGACAAAGCACUCUGACUACAAUGACAGAGCUUGUAAGUAAGCUGACAGAAGGGCAGGAGUCUCCUGAGCAUACAGAGAUUGGACGACUGAGCCAUGCAUGGUUGGAGCUGUGCCAUCAGGCCAACAAUCUGCAGGCUCAGAGAGAGGAAGAUCUGCAGAGGACUAAAGAGUAUCAUGACUGCAUCAGUGCCAUGGAAGCCCUCUUUGAGCAGGUGUCCAAGGAAUGGGACAACCUGGCCAGAACUGAUGCUGAGAGUUCAUCUGAUCAUUUGGAGGCUCUUCGGAAGCUCUCGGUUGUUCUUAAAGAAAAGAAAAGCACACUUGAGGACCUCAAAGAGCAGAAGCAAAAAGUAAUGUACCACUUAAACCUGGAUGAUAAAGAGUUGGUGAAGGAGCAGAUUGGCCACUUUGAGCAGCGAUGGGCCCAUCUGGAGAGUCUCAUAGAGAGGAAGAUCCAAGACUCCAUUGUGACCCUUGAAGACAUGGGCCAAGUUGAGGCCCGUUUGAGGGAAGCUCGCGAAUGGGCUGAGGAACAGAAGCCUGCCUUAUCCGAAGCCAUGAAGAUGAGUCCUCCUCCUGAACUAGCUCAGAGUUUCCUUUUCGACCAUCUAAGCAUAUGCAGUGAGCUGGAAGCCAAGCAGCUUCUGUUGGCUCAGGCUAUGAGUGAUGCAGAUAGGGUUUUAGCACAUCUGGGGCUUAACGAAAGGCAAAGACUGCAGCAGCUCAUCUCAGAUACUCAAGCAGAGGUACAGUCCUUGAGCGUCAAAGUUGCUCAACGAAGGAAACACCUGAGCAAAGCCUUUACAGAGAGAACCCAGUUCCUUUUGGCUGUGAAUCAAGCUAUCACCUGGGUCCAGCAAAAUGAAAAGAAAGCACAAGCGGAGGAGUACAUAGCCCUUCUUCCUGAUGACCUAUCUAAGCAGUUGAGGACUUGCAGGAAUAUUCAGAGCAGCUUGAGAGCCUACCAGAGUGAGCUGACAUCCCUGUGGUCCCAAGGCAGGGAUCUGAUGAAAGACGCUGCCGAAGAAGAGAAAUCAGAGAUGCUAAACAAACUCCAAGAGCUGCAGAAUAUCUUCGAAGUUUCCCUACAGAAGUGUAGCCAGAGGCUACAGGAGCUGGAGAAAGUGUUGGUGACCAGGAAGUACUUCAAGGCAGAUCUCGAAAAGAUAUGCCAGUGGUUGAAGCAAGCUGAUAUUGUGACCUUCCCAGAGAUAAACCUCAUGAAUGGAGAUGCAGAAUUAAGUUCGCAGCUUACAAAAUACCAAGAAAUAUUGGAUCAAGCCAUGGAAUAUGAGAACCUCCUGCUAACUGUGCAAAGAACAGGUCAAGAAAUACUUCCCACUCUGAAUGAAGUGGACCAUUGCUACUUAGAUGAGAAAUUGAUUGCUCUUCCACAACAGUACAAUAAUAUUUUGGGACUAGCCAAGGAGAAACAAGAGAAAAUACAACAAGCCGUUCUUGCCAGACAGGAAUAUGCCUCCUUUAUUGAUGUGACCCACAAAGCGCUUAAAGAACUUGAGGAACAAUUCCACAACUUGGGGACGCAGUCUGUCGGCCUUAAGACUGAGGAGGUUGUCAGUCUUCAGGCUGAUUAUAAAGGCCUCCUGGAGGAGCUGACCAAUCUUGGACAAGCCGUCAGUGAGCUUAACCAGAAGAAAGAGGGAUUUCGUAGCACCGGUCAACCUUGGAGACCUGAAGAAAUGACCCAACUGGUUAGCCUUUACAACGGUCUCAAAAGAUUGAUUGAGCAGAGGGUAGAACAUCUUGAUGACACUCUGGAAUCUUUCGAGGACCAUCAAGCCAUGGCUAUGCAGGUUGAUUCAGAGCUGAAGGCCACCAAAGAGCAACUGGUGAAAGUCAAUGCAGAGACGCAGUCAGCUGAGGAGAGAUUACAAAACUAUCAUGCUCUGGCCGCUAGUCUUCAUGGUGCCAGCUCUCACCUCACUCGACUCAUGGAGCAGAUGGAUAACCUGGCACCCCACUUGGAUUCCGCCGCACACGAGGCUUCAAAGCAGCGAGGAACCUCUUGGGAAGAGGAGCUUCAGUCCUUACAGUCAGCUGUUGGGGAACUAAUUGUGGAGUGUGAGAACAGGUUUGUGCAGAGUAAAGACUUUGAGACAGAAGUCAAUCGGACCUUAACUUGGCUCCAGCAAAUCAAAGAUGAACUUGGCUCUGAGGUGGUGGUAGACGUCAAGGUUGAGAAGGUCCAGGAGGAAAUCCGAAAGCAACAGAUUAUGCAAGAGGAAGUUCAGUCGAGGCUUAGGAUAGUGGCGGCUCUAAGCACCAGAGAGAAGCAGAAGUACACCAGUGCCAAUGAGCUCGUCCCCCCUCAUGUGGACUCAAGUCUACAAGAAAUGGCCAAGCUGGAGGCUGAUGUUCAACGUGCCCUCAGCUCCAAACAGAUAACGCUAGAGCAAGCUCUCGCCUUGUGCCAGAAGUAUCACUCCAGAAUGCAAACAGCUUGUGAGUGGCUGGAGGACGCUGUGGGCUUCUUGCAGCAGGCCAGCCUUGGGGUGGACGUGGAGAACUACGAGGAGUGUCUGAGGCAACAGGAAGACAUCAUGGCCACUGAACAGGAGUUCCUGGGUGUUCUUGAGGAGCUGGAUUCAUUGUCACCUCAACUUGAAAACCUGGUCAACCCUACAGCCAAGGAUCAGCUUCGACUUAGUGUGGAGUCUGCACAGCAGAGAGGUGUGGAGGUCAGAGACCAGCUUCAGUGCCACCAAGACAUCUUAAACAGCUGUGUUACCCAGUGGAAUUCAUAUCAGGAGGCCAGACAGACAGUCAUUGAGCUGAUGAAUGAGGCAGAGAAGAAGCUAACAGAGUUUUCCACAGCCAAGGCUGCAACAAGCCAGGAAGCUGAAGAGAAACUCCGUAGUCAUAAGUCGUUGGUAUCCAUGGUAAACAGUUUCCAAGAAAAGCUGACUGGUCUGGAAGAGCAAGCCUCCCAGUUAGAGCUGGUUGGAAGUGAUGCCAGUAAAGCCACCAUAAGUCGAUCCAUGACCACGGUGUGGCAGCGCUGGACCAGGUUGCGCAGUGUAGCACGAGGCCAAGAAAGGGUGCUGGAGGAUACAGCCCACGAAUGGAGAACUUUCAGAGAAAAGAUGAUGAAGGUAAGAGCUGUAACAGAAGAACUGAAGGGCCGUGUUCCUGAUUGUACUGCUGAGAAAGCCUCCAAAGCCACACUGCAGUCACAUCUGGACCAGUACGAGCUGGUUGGUCAGGACCUGGAGAGGGAGCUGUCUUCUCUAACCCUCUUACGACAGUACACUCUCAGCCUGCUACAUGGUGUGGAGGUGUCUGUGCCAACGCCUGAUCAUGAACAACUGCCAAGUCUGAAGGAGAUCAAAGCUGUGCAAGAUCAGCUUGAAAGUCUUCUGCAGAAGGCCAGGACAGGAAAGACUCGGGUUCAGCAGGAACUGUCGGACAGGGAAGGUGUGGAGAGAGGGCUGAGCCUUGUCAAGAGCUGGAUACAGGACUCCAGGGAGCUUUUGCUGAACCCCACAUCUGAUCUGGACAUUCUGACACAAGAACUGGAGGUGAUGCAUGGAGAGCUGAUCACUCAUCGCCAGAAUGUGGAUAAGCUCGCAGAACAGCAGCAAAGUAAAUACCUGGACCUAUACACUAUUUUACCAUCUGAGAUCUCAAUGCAACUGGCUGAAGUGUCCCUGGCACUGGGAUCCAUUGAGGACCAGGUUCAAGCCAAGGAGAGAGACAUCCAGAAGACCAGAGUUAUCAAAGAGGAGUUCAACUCCAGAAUUCAUGACGUGUCCGAAAAAUUGAAGGCUAUCUCAACCUCUCUAAAGGAAAAGGCCACUGAUAUUGAUCAGGCCAAAGAUGAGACCAGACGUCUCUGUGAUGAACUUGACGGCUGUGGACGAAAUCUCGCUGAGCUAGAAGCAGCAGUGCAGGACUUUGGUCGCCGUAACCCUCUGAUAGCCAGACAGCUGGCUGAUGCAAUUGCCAAAUUACGAGAGAUCCAUAAUCACACUCUUCGACUGGCUGAAUAUAAUACUAUAUGGCUGAAGAAGGCUGAUGCACAUCUAGAUGAGUACAAUGAGAUGUUUGAGUUCAUAGUGAAGUGGACAGACAGAGCCAGGAGCCUGGUGAAGGCCAACAUCAUCUGGAACUCCUCCUCGCACCUGCAAGAGCAGAUCAGGAUGUAUCAGUCUGUUCUGCGUGAGUCGCGUGAGCUCCAUGGUGACCUGGAGGUCAUGCAUGAGAAGGUGGAAAUACUGUCUGAGACGCUGCAGGUGGAGGCAGUGGGACAGCAGGUGUCAGAACUGAGCCGCCACACUGAGGAGCUGGAGCUGAAAAUUAGAUCACGACUGCAUAGUCUACAAGACGCAGCAAAGGAUAUGGAGAGGUUUGAGAGUGAAGUGAAGGCCCUGCAUGUGUCACUGGAGCAGGUUCAAGCCACUCUCACAUCUCCUGAACUGGCCCGACUGAGUCUGAAAGAACAACUGACUCAAAGACAGCGUUUGCUGGCGGACAUGGAGAGCUUCAAGCAGCAGGUAGAUGCCGUACAGGAGUGUCAGAGUGCUUUAAGAGUCCCUGAGGAAGUGGUGACCAGUCUGUCCAUCUGCCGCACUGCUCUGAAUCUGCAGCAAGAGGCCAGUCAACUCCAGCACACUGCCAUCCAGCAAUGCAACAUCCUGCAGGAGGCAGUGGUGCAAUAUGACCAGUAUGAACAGGAAGUCAGAAACCUGCAGGCCAUGAUUGAAGAUGCUCACCGGGUCAUUCAGGACCAACCUGUGAACACCAGCAACAUCCAAGAGCUGCAAGCACAAAUUAACCAUCAUGAGGAACUGGCCCAGAAAAUCAAGGGCUACCAGGAGCAAAUUGCAUCCCUGAACACCAAGUGUAAGAUGCUGACGUUGAAAGCUAAACACGCCACCACGCUCCUGUCAGUGAGUGAUGCAGAGGGUUUAACCGAGAGUCUGGAGGAACUGGACGGUGAUGCUAUUAAAAGAAAGACCCAAUCACAAGUCUCCAUGUCGGCUGGUCGCUGUCAGUCUUUCCUGUCUCCUGUGACUGAGGAGUCAGGCGAGGAGGGCACCAGCAGUGAGAUCUGCUCUCCUGCUCUCUGUCGAUCUCCCUCUCCUAUCACUAACACAGAAGCAGCCAUUAGCAAGAUGUCCAUGGGAAGGGCCACUCUCACCAGAGCGCCCAUCCAGGAGCUGUACAAUCCCGCGCUGGAGUCUGUAGCGAGCUUAGAUGAUCUUCAGCGCUCGUGGGAGACCCUGAAAAAUGUGAUAAGUGAAAAGCAGAAGACGCUCUACGAGGCUCUGGAGAAGCAGCAGCGCUAUCAGGGCUCUCUACAGACCAUCUCGACUAAGAUGGAGUCCAUCGAGGCCAGAUUAAACGAGCCUCCUAUGCACGAUCUCAGUCCUGACAGACAAAUGGUCCUACACCAGAAUCAGACGGAGGAAAUUGUCAAACUGCAGAAUGAUAUAGAUGAGCUUGAGUCCAGCUUUACAGAAGAGCUGAUCUCUGAUGCGGUGGACUCGGACUCUGCGGAUCAGCUGGCCAUGCAGUCCACACUCACUGUGCUGUCCGAGAGGAUGGCCACCAUCCACAUGAAGGCUUCUGGAAAACGCCAACUUCUUGAGGAGCGACAGAGUGAACGUGUGGAAAAGCAGCAACAGGCUCAGGCUUUGCAGCGCUACCUGAACCAGGCAGACCAGCUGGACCAAUGGCUACAGAGCACUCGUGGUAACAUCACUUCCUGCUCUCAGGACUCAGACGUGGAAGAGCAACUCAUAGACUGUCAGAACAUGCUGCUGGAGAUCGAGGAGAAGGUGCUGGCUCUCUCCGAGCUCUCCAGACACAGCGAGAAUCUUCUGCUGGAGGGCCAGCCGGAGAACAGGGAGGAUGCGGAGCAGCUGGCCAGGAAGUUGAGUACACUGAAAGGCAGCCUGCUAGAGCUGCAGAGGAUGCUGCAGGACAAGCAGAUCAACAUUCAGACGUGGGGUCGUCUAGUUUCGGACUAUCAGACCCUGUACCGAUUGCUAGAGGCUGUGGAGGGCAGUCUGCCGACCGCUGGCCUGGUGGAGGAGAUGGAGGAGAGACUGAAGGAAAGAAUAGAGCUCUAUCAGGCCCUUAAAGCCAGUCUGACGGAGCACCAACACAAGCUGCAUCAGGUGCUGGAGGAAGGGAAGCAUCUUCUGUCAUAUGUGAGCUGCUCCAGCCUAGAGAACCAGCUCACUCUUUUGGGCGAGCACUGGCUCAACAACUCCACCAAGAUCAACAAAGAUCUACAGAUCCUGGAAUCCAUCCUGAAGCAUUCAACCAGGUAUAAGCGUGAGUCUGGUGAACUGAGUCGCUGGCUACAGGAAGCUCUGGAACGCUUGGAGUUCUGGAACACACAGUUCGUUGCUGGUCCUCAGGAACUGGAGACUGUUAAAGACCAGUUAACAGCUUUUCUGGAGUUCAGUAAGGAGGUAGAGAGCCGCUCCAGUCUGAAGGCCUCGGUGCUGAAUGAGGGAAACCAGCUGCUCAGACUCAAAAAGAUGGACACCGCGUCUCUGCGGUCUGAACUCGCCCGUCUGGACUCUCAGUGGUCAGAACUGCUUGCCCGCAUUCCUGUAGUUCAAGAAAAACUCCACCAGUCUCAGAUGGAUAAGCUGGCAUCCCGUCACGCUAUCGCUGAGCUUGUGAACUGGAUGUCAUUGAUGGAGAGAGUCAUAGAAGAGGAUGAGGAGAAUCUCAAAGGGGCUGUUGGGUCAAAGGUCAUCCAGGAGUACCUGCAGCGAUACAAGGGCUUCAGAGUGGAUGUGAACUGCAAACAGCUGACUGUGGACUUUGUGAAUCAGUCAGUGCUCCAUAUCAGUGGUGCGGAUGUGGAGAGCAAACGCAGUGAUAAAACAGAUUUUGCGGAGAAACUGGGCGCCAUGAACUGCCACUGGCAGACACUGCAGACACGUAUCACUGAGAGGGUACAGUAUCUGGAAUGCUUGUUGGAAUCCUGGGUUGAAUAUGAGGGUAAAGUUCAGACUCUUCAGGCAUGGCUGAACGCUCAGGAGGACAGACUCAAGACGAAGCACAGGAUUGAGAACUUAUCCUCUGUGCAGAACGCACUUAAAGACUGCCAGGAGAUGGAGGAGAUGAUGAAGGAGACGGAGAGGGAGCUGGAGAGAGUGGAAGAACAGGCUUGUGCUCUCGUCCAAAAUAAAACCGACGAGGCCUGUGCUGUUGUCAUGGAGUCUCUACAAGUCUUGAACAACACAUGGGCCAAUCUGGACCACCUGAUCGGACAGCUGAAGAUCAGUCUGAAGUCUGUCCAGGACAAGUGGAGUCAAUACAAACAAGCGUCUGAAGAGAUCAACGGCUACCUGACGGAGGGACGCUACUCUGUGUCCCGCUACCGUCUGCUCACAGGAUCUCUGGAGGCUUCACGGCUACAGGUGGAGAGUCUACAGAACCUGCAGGAGGAGCUUGAGAAACAAGAGAGCAGUCUGAGGAAGUUUGGAUCAGUUACACAUCAGCUUCUGGAGGAGUGUCACCCGUCUGUGUCUGACACACUCAAUAACACACUAAAAGACAUUAACGCCAGAUGGAACAGUCUGCAGGAGGAGAUCGUGGAGCGUCUGAAGAGCAGUAAGGCUCUCCUGCAGCUGUGGCAGAGCUAUAAAGAUCUUUAUGGACAGAGCGACUCCAGCAUCCAGACACUAGAGGAGAGAGCAAACCAGAUGCUGAAGACCGCCAGCCACAAAGACAUCACAGAGGAGGACGUGUCCACCUGGAUUCAAGACUGUGCUGAGCUGCUGCGCUCUCAGGCUCCCGUCCAGGCGUCUCUGCAGGUUUUACUGGAGCUGGGAGAGCAGCUCAAACAGCAGGUGGACACAUCAGCUGCGGCCUCCAUCCAGUCUGACCACCUGUCUCUCACCCAGCGCCUCAGUGCUGUAGAGCAGAGCCUGAGCCGACAGCAGGUGGCGCUGCAGGCUGGGGUUCGCGACUAUGAGACGUUUAACGAGCAGUUGGACUCUCUGUCCCGCUGGAUCGUGGAAGCCGAGGAGGUUCUGAAAGCUCAGGAUCCCAACGGUUCCUCUGACCAGUCACUGAUCCAGGACCGCAUGGAGGAACUCAAGAAACAAAUGCUGAAGUUCAGCAGUAUGGCUCCUGAUCUGGAGAGGCUGAAUGAACUGGGUUACAGACUCCCUCUCAACGACUCUGAGAUCAAACGCUUGCAGAACCUCAACAGAAGCUGCUCCACCACCUCAGCUCAGACCACUGAGAGAUUCAGCAAACUUCAGGCCCUGCUACUACAGCAGCAGACCUUUCUGGAGAAGUGCGAGACGUGGAUGGAGUUCCUGGUGCAGACGGAGGAGAAACUGGCCGUGGAGAUUUCCGGAAACUUCCAGAGCCUGAUGGAGCAGCAGAGAGCUCAUGAGCUGUUUCAGGCAGAGAUGUUCAGCAGACAGCAGAUCCUUCACUCUAUCGUCAGUGAUGGACAACGCAUGCUGGAGCAGGGACAGGUGGACGACAGAGAUGAGUUCAAGCUGAAGCUGGCUCUGCUGAGUAACCAGUGGCAGGGGGUGGUGAGACGGGCACAGCAGCGCAGGGGCAUCAUAGACAGUCUCCUGUGGCAGUGGCAGCGCUACAGGGAGAUGGUGGAGAAGCUGAGGAAGUGGUUGGUGGAAGCGUCCCAUCAGGCCGAAACCCUGCAGGCGGGCACACCUGUGCCACUCCAACAGGCACGAGCCAUGCUGGAUGCAGUUCAGCUGAGGGAGAAGGUUCUGCUGAGGCAGCAGGGCAGUUACAUCCUGACGGUGGAGGCAGGGAGACAGCUGCUUCUGUCUGCUGACACACGAGCUGAAGCCGCUCUACAAGAGGAGCUGCUCGACAUACAGGAGCGCUGGAAACACGCCAACAUCCGCCUGGAGGAACAAAAGAAAGAACUGGCCAUCCUGCUCAGGGAUUGGGAGAGAUGUGAAAAAGGUAUCGGAGGAUCUCUAGAGAAACUAAGAGCUUUUAAACGCCAGCUGUCCCAGCCGCUUCCAGAUCGCAAUGAGGAGCUGCAGUCUGAACAAAUGCGCUGCAAGGAUCUGGAGAGCAUGUUUGACGGCUGGAAGGAGGAUUUGACCCAUCUGACGGUGUUGAGAGAGUCUCUGUCCAGUUACAUCAGUCCUGAGGAUCUGCGUGUGCUGCAGGAACGCAUUGAACUCCUGCACCGCCAGUGGGAGGAGAUCGGUCACCAGUUGUGUCUGCGAAGGCAGCAGGCGAGUGAGAAGCUGAAUGAAUGGGCCAUCUUCAAUGAUAAAUAUAAGGAGCUGUGUGAAUGGCUGACGCAAAUGGAAAGCAAAGUAUCCCAGAAUGGAGACAUCAGCAUCGAAGAGAUGAUUGAGAAAUUACGAAAGGACUAUCAGGAGGAAGUGGCGGUGGUUCAGGAGAAUAAACACGAGCUCCAGCAGCUGGGUGAACGUUUAGCUCGGGCCAGUCAUGAGAGCAAAGCCUCUGAAAUUGAACACAAACUCGGUAAAGUCAACGAACGCUGGCAGCAUCUGCUCGACCUCAUUGGGGCCAGGGUGAAGAAGCUGCGGGAGACUUUAGUGGCCGUUCAGCAGUUGGAUAAGAACAUGAAUAGUCUGCGCUCUUGGCUCGGCCACAUCGAGACUGAACUGUCCCGUCCCAUCGUGUACGACACCUGCGACUACCAGGAGAUCCAGAGGAAACUGGAUCUACAGCAGGAGCUGCAGAGAGACAUCGAGAAGCACAGCACAGGUGUGGCGUCUGUGCUGAACCUGUGUGAGGUGUUGCUGCACGACUGUGACGCGUGCGCUACAAACGCCGAGUGUGACUCCAUCCAGCAGGCCACACGCAGCCUGGACCGCCGCUGGAGGAGCAUCUGUGCCAUGUCCAUGGAGAGGAGACUCAGGAUUGAGGAGACGUGGCGUCUCUGGCAGAAGUUUCUGGAUGACUUCUCUCAUUUUGAAGAGUGGCUCAUGUUGUCGGAGAAGACAGCCGCGCUGCCAAACUCUUCAGGUGUCCUUUACACUGUUGCCAAAGAGGAGCUCAAGAAAUUUGAGACGUUCCAGCGGCAGGUGCAUGAAAGUUUGACGCAGCUGGAGCUGAUCAAUAAACAGUAUCAGAGACUGGCACGUGAGAAUCGCACCGACGCCGCCUGUAAUCUGAGAGAAAUGGCCCACAACGCCAACCAGCGCUGGGAGAACCUGCAGAGACGAGUGUCAUCUGUCCUACGCAGGCUAAAGCACUUUAUAUGUCAGCGGGAGGAGUUUGAGACGGCACGCGACUGUAUCCUGGUCUGGCUGACAGAGAUGGACCUGCAGUUAACCAACAUUGAGCAUUUCUCCGAAUGUGACGUCCAGGCCAAAAUCAGACAGCUGAGGGCGUUCCAGCAGGAGAUCACUCUGAACACAGCAAAGAUUGACCACAUAUUCCAGCAGGGUGAAGCUCUUCUGGAAAAGAGUGAGCCGAUAGAUGCUGCUGUGAUGGAGGAAGAGCUUGAAGAACUGCAGCGUUACUGCCAGGAAGUGUUUGGACGUGUGGAGCGCUACUACAAGAAACUUAUACGAUUACCGAUUCACAUUGCUGGAUCGAGCACUCCCAGUCGCCAGCGAUCGCCACGGGGCAAAAGUAGUCUGUCACAGCCCGGAGCCUUUGUGAGCAGUCCACUUCACAGCAGGUCUCGCAACGCCGCUGGAUCCGGUUCCUCCCAUUCUGACGAGGAAGAACCACCAUCCUGGUACAAAACCUUCCUGAAACGUGUCCUCUGGGCCGCACUCCCGCUGCAGAUCUUCCUGCUGCUGGUGCUGGUGGUGGCCUGUCUUGUGCCUACGUCUGAGGACCACUGCAGCUGUGCCCAACUCAACAAUUUCACCCACUCCUUACACCCAAUGCUCAGCUACACCAAGGGGCCUCCGCCUAUGUGAGCUCCACUUUGAAGUCAAGACGGCAGCUCAGCGUCAGGUUUCCCUCUAAAUUGACAACUGCCGUUGAGUUUGGCAGCCAUUAUCGUGUCCUUGUACAGCAAAUACAGCUGCUAAUUUUACAGUAUGUCACUCUGAGUCUCGUGUAGAUGUUAGAACGAAGCCUAUUGCACUGAAAACUGCUGUCAGAUAAGUGUCGUUAGUGCUACUGAUGUUCUUCCAUGUUUGAUGUGAAGGAGGAAACUAGAGCGUAGGAUAUUAACUCACUGUGAGUUAAUCAGGUCUUUUUUAAUCAUGGAAAGAUCAAGUUUAUUGCGAAAAAACUGAAAGGUGUUGGGUUGCUUGUAUCAAAUGAAUAACUUGUAAAAAAGAGAAGAUAAAACAUUUAUGAACUCUAUAUUGCAAUUAUUUUUUUUAUAUGUAUUUUUUGCAUGUGUUCAUCCUUUGGUUUUAAAACAAUCGUUGAUUUUAUUGGAUUAGUCAUUGUUUAUUUUUUCAUUUUUGAUCUUAACUAACCUGCUGUAAUAUUCAAGGUAACUGUGUCAUGAAUAUACUUUACUGAAUGCAAACCACUGAUAUCAAAGAAAAGGAUAUUUAUGUAUGUACAUAAGUACUUACCUAAGAAACCUUCGCAAUGAAAAUACACCUAUGAUAUACACAUAACCUGUUGAUAAGGAUUUUUCAUUACAAUUAAAGACUGAAUG